CGCAUUUUCUUAGAACCCUAACCCUAAUUGCAAAUCAUGGCUUCACAUACUCGUCGUAAAGCUGCUGAGGCGGAGAAAGAAGCAAUGGAACGUUCAUCGUCCGACGAAGAAGAUUCCGAUUCGGAAUCUGAAGGAAAUAUGAAUAACCGGCCUCCACCAAAGAAGCUGGUAACCUCUCUUCCCCACAAGUCUACUGACGACGACGAAGAUGCGUCUGAUUCCGACAAUGAUUUACAAUCUAACCCGAUUCCCAAGUCAGUUCCUGAAGUAAAUCUUGUUUCUACCAAAAAGCCGAACGGAGAAUCCUCCUCGCAUGCGGGAAAAAAUACCAGAUCUUCGAAAAAGAGGCCGGCAGAGUCCCCCGCUCUAAACAAGGGAAAUGAUUCAAAGAAGUCUAAGAAGAAGAAGAAGAAGAAUGAGCAAGUACAGGAGCUGGACGCUGAUGAGAAUGUAGAAUGUGAAAACAUGGAAAAUAAGGGCGAUGAUGCUAAAAAACAGCUGUUUCAACGGAUAUGGAGCGAAGAAGAUGAAAUUACAAUAUUGAAUGGAAUGAUCGACCAUGGUGAAAAUGAAGGGAUUAAUCCUGCUACAGUGGAUAUGUCCUCUUUUUACGACUCCAUCAGAUAUUCACUUCAGGUAGAAGCCAGUAGAAGCCAGUUAACUGAAAAAAUAAAAAGGCUGAAGAAGAAGUAUUUGACCAGUCUCAAGAGAAGUUUCAAUGGUGUUGAUAGAACUUUCGCCAAAGAUCACGAUCAGAAGUGUUAUCAUUUAUCGAAAAAGAUAUGGGGAACUACUGCAUCCAAAGGAAGUUUUACCGCCAAACUGUCUCGGAAAGGAAAGAAUGUUGUUGAAGCCAAAACUGGAAAAGCUAACAUGGAGGUUGAUAAUGCUGCUGUUCAUGUGGCUGCUGCUGUUGCUACUCCAUCUAAUGUUAAUUUCUGUAUAGGCUCGAGCUUGGAGAAGAAAAUUGAAGAAUAUGGGUCUCAGUUGAUUACAGGUGCCAAGAAGUUAGAAUUGGACAAUAUGUUCAGACAGUUACAAGUGAAGGAGGCGGAGGUUUAUUUGAAACACCUAGAUUAUAUGCGUGAGAAGACAGUUCUUUUGUUGGAGGCAUUAAGAUCCAACAUAAACUAAGUAAGGUAAACAAUUAGUUGAAGACUUACUUACUGUUUAUGGUUUCUUUUUGGUUAUUAAUUUUUAGAUUACUAAGUGUUUUGCUGCAGUUAUGUUUCAACAAGAAUUGAAUCUUAUCUUUUAAGUGUAGUAGGUAGAUUUUGGAACUCUUAUCAUUAUGUUUAUUAUUCCUCAAGAAUUGGUAUGAUAUCUUUAGGGGAUUAAGUGUAGUGGCUGUUUUUGGAACAUAUUAUUCUUAUGUUUA